CUGAGCUUCAGAGGAUCCCUGUAGAGAAUCCUGAGACAGCACGUGGACCUCCCACAGCCUCUCCCACAGGUACCAUGAAGGUCUCCGUGGCUGCCCUCGCUGUGAUCCUGGUUGCUACCACCCUCUGCGCUCCUGCAUCUGCCACCCCAUAUGCCUCAGACACCACACCCUGUUGCUUUGCCUACAUUGUCCGCCUGCUGCCCCGUGCCCACAUCAAGGAGUAUUUCUACACCAGUGGCAAGUGCUCCAUCCCAGCAGUCGUCUUUGUCACCCGAAAGAACCGCCAGGUGUGUGCCAACCCAGAGAAGAAAUGGGUUCGGGAAUACAUCAACUCUUUGGAGAUGAGCUAGGAUGGAGCGCCCUUGAAUCUGAACUGCUUGCUGCUUGCUCUUGUCCUAGCUUGGGAGGCUUCCCCUUGCUAUUCUACCCUAUGCCCUCCUUGGAGUGCCCAGAUUCUACCGCACAGCAGCAGUUAUAAAAGCCUUCCUCAGGCUGGGCACAGUGGCUCAUGCCUGUAAUCCCAGCACUUCGGGAGGCUAAGGUGGGUGGAUCACUUGAGGUCAGGAGUUCGAGACCAACCUGGCCAACAUGGUGAAACGCCAUCUCUACUAAAAAUACAAAAAUUAGCUGGGCAUGGUAGUGUGUGCCUGUAAUCUUAGCUACUUGAGAGGCUGAGGCAGGAGAAUCAUUUGAACCCAAGAGUUUGAGGCUGUAGUGAGCUGAGAUUGCACCACUGCACUUUAGCCUGGUGACAGAGCAAAACUCCGUCACCAAAAAAAAAAAAAAAAAAAAAAAAGCCUCCCCCAUCUAAAGCCUAGAAGAGCUUCCGAGGCACUGCUUUGUUGAAAGGAAGUCUCCAGGUUCCGAGCUCUGAAGACCCUUAGCUUCGCCAUGGCUCUGUGACCAGGAAGGAAGUCAAUGUGCCUCUAGAAGCAAGGAGGGAAAGAAGUCCGCGCUCCGAAGCUUCCAUCUCCACCCCUCACAGGAGCUUACUGAAAAACAUGAAAAAUCAGCUUUCCAUUAAACUUCUCAAUGCAACUACAAA